AUGAAGCAGGAAAAAAUCAGUUUGAUUGUUAUACAAUUCAUUUACUCUGAGAGAGUGAUUAUGAGAGAUGUUAUUUUUACUAUCAACGAUGUAUACACUGAUAACUUCACAAGCAGAUUCAUAUUUGUCAUUAAGCAAAUUUGCCUAUAUCAGCCACUAAUAUUCGAUGUUUUUGAUUUUAUGUUGGCUUUUGCUUUUCUCUAUUUUACAAACUAAGCUAUGAAGAAGAAUUUUCUCAUUGAAACUUCUUCUAAUGAAUUUGAUUAGCCUUAGAUUUAAUAGGUCAGUGAUGAAAGUGAAAGUAUAAGCUAAGAUAAAUGUAAAAUUAGAGGAGAAAAUUUCUAAUCAGAGAGUUUUCAUCAACUUUUGAAAAAUCAAUUUGUAAAGAAACACUAAAAGAAUUCUACUAAGUAAAAAUACAAGAUUAAUAGUGAGGGUAGUGAUAAGACAGAGAUAGAAAUUUAAAUAGAGUAAAUAAGUGAAAAUUUUUAUCCUCGCCAAGAAUCAAAUGAUAUAAAUGGUUCAUUACUGCUAAGAGAUCAAAGUUUUGUAUGA